AUGCUUAAUAUUUUAUUUAUUUUUUCCUUGAUGGUCGUAUCUGUUGUGGGUCAUGGCCGCGUCCUUCAACCCCCAUCACGCGCCUCCAUGUGGCGGAGUGGGUUCCCAACCCCUCACAACUAUGAUGACGACGGACUUAACUGCGGUGGCUUCUAUAGACAGUAUGCCAUAAAUAAGGGAAAGUGCGGAAUUUGCGGUGACGCUUACGAUAUGAAGCCCCCAAAAAGCCAUGAACUCGGUGGCAAAUACGGCCAAGGGAUUAUUGUAUCAAAUUUCGAGCCAGAGCAAAUAUUUACAGUCACAGUUGAAAUAACGGCCUAUCAUAGAGGCUACUGGUAUUUUAAAAUAUGCCCAAAUCCGAAGAGUAACAGGCAAUCCUGCUUCGACAAAUACCCAGUGGAACUAGCGACGGGUGGCAUAAAUUUUUAUCCACCAAAAGGUGGUGUGUAUAAUGUGAAGUAUCGUCUUCCUAAAGGAUUAGUUUGCGACCACUGUGUACUUCAGUGGAGAUACGUAGCUGGAAAUAACUGGGGUUUCUGUGGGAACGGAACCUCAGGGCUGGGAUGUGGGAACCAAGAAACUUUUGGCGCCUGUUCUGAUAUUUCUAUUAGCGAGAAUUCCAUCGAUACCGAUGCUCGUCCAGUGAAGUUUGCUACCGCUUCAAACGAUAUAAGUGAAGAUCUCAAUAGAAUCUUGAAUUUAUUACGAAAGGUAACCGCAAAACCUAAAUAUAAGAAGACGAAACCAAAACCGAACCAAAAGAAAAAGAGGAACCACAGGAAACCGAGACACGACACGCGACCCUCGAAAAGAAAAAAGGAAUGGAUGUUUAUUUAA